AAAAAAUAUUUUUUUUUGAAAAAAGACUUAAUUAAAAUUAAAUUAAAUUUUAUAAUAAUUAGAAUUUAGAUUUGGGCAUAGUUUUUUUAAUUUACUUAUCGAUCAAAAAUAUCCAGAACUUUCUAAAUUUCGUUUUAAAACAGAUUAUCUGACGAAUCAAUAAAAGAAAAGUAGGAAUUAAAAUUAUUGCUAAAUUUAAUACAGAUGAUAAAGAAAUUAUUGUAUUUACCCAAGUAAAGCUUGUUAUCAUCUUUGAUUUUUUCUAAGUUUUGUACUCAAUUUAACUCCAAAUCUAUUUAGAGCUUUUAUUUUUUGGCUAAAUAGUUUGACGAUAUCUCCAAAAUAUCUUCUAGAAAUUCUGGAAUAGAAGCUAUAGAAACUUUGAUGAAUGAUUACAUUUAAGGAGGAGAUAAUGAACUAUUUAUCUAAAUGGUACGCUUACUAACCUGCAAAGUAGAUAGUGAAGAAAUAUAAAUAGCUAAUUCUUCCUUAGUUGAGAUAUUGAAAGUUGUAUAUCCCUAAGAGGAUAUAACUAAAUUCCUUUUUGAAAAAGGAGAUAUAGGAUUGUAUGCAAAAGAAAUGCUUGAAAAAAAACUUGAAAAAGAAGGAAAUAAUCGAACUGAAAAAAAUCAUUUAAGUAUUUUAGAAGUUACGAGCUUUUUUGAAAAACUGAAGAAUUUAUAAGGUGAUCGCUCGAGACUUGAAAAGCAAGAACUUAUCAUAGAUUUUUUGAAGAAAAUCUAAGAUCCACUUGAAAUAUAAUAUUUUAUCAGAAUCCUUUCUAAAAGCCUAAGGAUAGGUGUAAGUGAGAAAUCUAUUAUAAAAGCAUUAACAAAUAUCAAUAAAAAGAAGAAAAACUCUUUGGAUUCACUGCUUAAAAAUGUUCAAGAUAAAAUAUUUGGAUAUAAUACUGCCUUACAUACCGAUAUUUAAAUAGGAACUCCUGUGCCUCCAAUGCUAGCCAAACCAGUUUCCGAUUUUGACGAACUUUUAAAAUUUUUAAAGAAGUACGAAAGUAAAAAAGUCUCUCUUGAACUAAAAUAUGAUGGAGAGAGAUGUUAGGUUCAUUAUGGUAAAAAGAAAGGAAUUAAAUUAUUUAGUAGAAAUUUAGAAAUCUAAAAUGAGAAAUAUCCAUAACUAGUUUAGCAAUUAGAAAAAUAUUUUUAGAAAAAUAACAGUGUAGAAGAUUGCAUAUUAGAUGGAGAGAUUGUUGUAACAGAUUCUAAAGGAAAUAUUAAAUCAUUUUAAGAACAACAACAAAAUAGAAAAAGGAAAUAAGAUUCUAACAAGGUAGUUGCUUUCGAUGAAGAUAAUAUUGAAAAGAUUUACUUAUUUGAUAUCCUGUUUUUAAAUGCAUGUGAGCAAAAUACCAAGGAAUAACUUUACAGAAAGAGCUUGAUUAAAGAAAAUUUUCCUAUUGAAGGACCAGUUAAUCACGCUGAAUCAAAAAUAUUUGAUCUUAGCAUAUAAAAAGAUUUUGAUGAGCUAAAAAAAUUAGUAAAAUAAUAUAUUGAUUAAAAAGAAGAAGGUGCUAUGGUUAAAUCGCUUGAUUCUAAUACAUUUUAUGAUAAUAAUGGAAGAACUUAGUGGGCAAAAUUAAAGAAGCAAGUUUUGUCAGGAGGUUUAGCUGAUACAUUUGAUGUUAUUCCUAUUGCUGCAUACUAUGGAAAAGGCAAGAGAUCUGGUGUCUAUGGAUCAUAUCUACUUGCUUGUUAUGAUGACAAAAAGAAAGAGUAUGUGGCUUUGUGUAAGAUAGGUACAGGUUUUUCUGAUCAAUUUUUAUAAGAUUCAACGGAUAGACUGAAAUAAAAAGUAUGCAGUUAAAAACCUAAAGAAUACUCUGUGCAUAGAACUUUUAAGCCUGAUGUUUGGUUUUAAAAAGAUGCUGAAGUGUGGGAAGUAGAGAGUGAUAGUCUUUCAUCAUCUCCUAUUUAUACAAUAGGAAAAAUGAAUUAUAGUGAUAAUGGAAUAUCCCUUCGUUUCCCAAGAUUCUUACGUGUAAGAGAUGAUAAAACUACUGAACAAUCAACAAAAACAUAUUAAAUUAUUGAGUUCUACAAUAAAUAAUAAGCAAAACCAAAUAAUAAUUCAAAAGAUUAAAAAGGAGACCAUGGAGAUAAAGGAGAAGAAGAAGAAGAAGGAGAUAAGUGAAAAUAAAUAAAUCAAUGAGAUAUGUUUAUUAAUGGCAAAAAGAAUUUAUUUAUAAAACCUUUAUAUUUACAAUUAAUAUUUAAUAUAAAAUUACUUAAUUAUUUGUUUUUUUUUUUUAUUUUAAACAAAAAUGAGUCAUUAGAUUUUUUUGUUUAAAUAUUUUAUUUAUCUUUCAUUAUUUCGAGAAUCAGUCAGAC